UGAACGUGGAAUGAAAUGGUUGAACGCUGUUUUUACUUAUUAUAAUAUUUUUCUUCCACUGAAAAAAGCACAAGGUCGAAGUCGACUUUGUCCAACGAGUACGACCAAAUUCCUUGCCCCUAUAAAUUGCAUCUCUAAUCCUCUGUCAAUACAGCACGUACCAGAAUAACGAUCAAUUAAACUUCUUCGCUAAGUAUUUUCAUUUGAUCCUCACAAUCCAACGAAAACAAAAUGUUACUUCAGCUUUCACUCUCAUUUCUUUUCUUUCUAAUUUUCCCGUUAAUCUUCAUUUUCUCGAUAACCAAAAGCUCCAAAUCCAAAAACUCAAUCUCUACUACCAAUCUUCAUGCUCCAAAACCACACCCACUGAUGGGAAACUACUUCCAUCUAAAACAAAACUGGCAUCGUCGAAUUCAAUGGAUAUCUGAUGCAGUCGUCAACUCACCGUCAGCGACAUGGGUCCUACACCGGCCUCUCGGCAGUGGCCAAUUCAUAAUCACCGGCAACCCAGCCAACGUCCAACACAUUCUCAAGACUAACUUUCACAUUUACGAAAAAGGCCCUAUCGUUCGAUCAACCCUGUUUGAUUUUCUUGGCAAUGGAAUCUUUAAUACAGAUGGUGAAACUUGGAAAAUCCAAAGGCAAAUUGCAAGCCAUGAAUUCAAUACCAAGUCUUUACGUAAAUUUGUUCAGACUGUUGUGGAUACUGAACUCUCUCAACGCUUAAUCCCAAUUCUUUCUACGGCUGCCGCUAAUCAAACGGUUCUUGAUUUUCAAGAUAUUCUUCAAAGAUUUGCUUUUGAUAAUAUAUGCAAAAUCGCUUUUGGGUAUGAUCCUGGUUAUUUGUUGCCGUCGCUUCCGCAGACGAAAUUCGCCGACGCUUUUGAAGACAGCGUCAGAAUAAGCUUCGAGAGAUUCAAUUCUUUGUUUUGGAAGAUUAAAAGAGCUUUUGGUAUUGGAUCUGAAAAGCGUCUUAAAGAAGCCAUGUUAGAAGUGCGUGAUUUUGCUUUGAAUAUCGUAAAAAAAAAGAAAGAAGAACUCAAACAGAACUCGUCUCUUGAAUCCGCCGAUCUUUUAUCCCGAUUUUUAAGCUCUGGCCAUUCCGAUGAGACUUUUGUUACUGAUAUCGUUAUCAGUUUUAUAUUAGCUGGCCGCGAUACGACGUCGGCUGCUUUAACAUGGUUUUUCUGGUUACUCUCUAGAAGUACAGAGGUAGAAACCAAAAUUCUUAAAGAGAUAAAAGAGAAAUCGGAGAAUCCUGUUUUCGAAGAAGUGAAGGACAUGGUUUAUACACACGCUUCUUUGUGUGAAAGCAUGAGACUGUAUCCUCCGGUUCCUUCAGACUCCAAAUUUGCCGUGGCCGAUGACGUUUUGCCCGACGGAACGCCGGUGAGGAAGGGGAGUAGAGUUACGUAUCACCCAUACGCGAUGGGGAGACUAGAAAUGCUUUGGGGCUCUGAUUGGGCGGAUUUCAAGCCGGAAAGAUGGCUGGAGAGAGAUGCAGUGAACGAGAAAUGGAAUUUCGUCGGGAAAGAUCCAUAUACUUAUCCGGUAUUUCAGGCUGGGCCGAGGAUUUGUUUAGGGAAGGAAAUGGCUUUUUUGCAAAUGAAGAGAGUGGUUGCCGGUGUUCUAAAUAAGUUUAAGGUAGUGCCAGCGGCCGAGGAUGGUUUUGAACCUGAGUUUAUUGCGUAUUUGACGUCCAAGAUGAAGGGCGGUUUCCCGGUGAGGAUUGUGGAAAGGAGUUAGUGAGCGACCCUUUUGUCGCUUCUGUUUAAUUGCGUAUUAUUUUCUGCAUUAGGUAAAGGCGGGUUAACUUUUUUUUAUUUUUUAAAGAAGCAGGUUAAGGUUAAAUAGGAGAUUAUUAAUUAAUUUGCUUCGUUAUCAUUUGUGUAAAAUUCAACAUUAGAAACCAUUUGUUUUUUUUUAUGUGAAAUUACUAAGACAAAUUUUUUUUUUUUUAAA